GCAUCCCUCGACGGGGACACUUGACUUCGAGAUGAUGACAGGUGGAAACAAGCCUUAGGCAAAGCAGCUCGGUAAUAGCAAAUCCUUUACGAGAAGAGCCAGAGACGGAGAGAGAGAUGGGGACACGUAGAAGCAUGCAAUAUUGCUUUUGGCUGGUGCUAGUGUGUGCCUGGGUGUCUGUGGAUGCGGUGCCCAUUGCUGUGGACAAGAAUAAAGCUGAGCCACCAAAAGAGAAUCUGGACCCUCCAGAGAGCACAGACACUGGACUCCACUAUGACCGCUACCUGCGAGAGGUGAUUGAUUUCCUGGAGAAAGACCCACACUUUAGAGAGAAGCUCCACAACACCGACAUGGAAGCCAUCAAGCAAGGGAAGCUUGCAAAAGAGCUUGACUUUGUGGGCCACAGCGUUAGGACCAAACUGGACGAGCUGAAAAGACAGGAGGUGAACCGGCUCCGCACGCUCAUCAAAGCCAAGCAGGACGUGGCAGGAGGGAAAGGUAUGACAGUGGACUAUGAAGCUCUCCUGAGGCAGUUUGAGCACCUGAACCAUAUGAACCCACACACGUUUGAGGUGGACGACCUGGACAAACUCAUUAAAUCAGCCACAAGCGAUCUGGAGAACUAUGACAAGGAGCGGCAUGAGGACUUCAAGCGCUAUGAGAUGAGAAAGGAGCAUGAGAGGCGCGAGCACCUGAAACAGCUGGACGAGGAAGAGAGGAAGAAAGAGGAGGCGCACUACGAGGAGAUGAGGAAGAAGCAUGCAGACCAUCCCAAAGUGAACCACCCUGGAAGUAAGGACCAGCUGAAAGAAGUGUGGGAAGAAUCUGAUGGUUUGGAUCCUGAAGACUUUGACCCAAGGACAUUUUUCAGCUUGCAUGAUACCAAUGGAGAUGGCUACUUUGAUGAGCAAGAGCUUGAGGCGCUGUUCACUAAAGAGUUGGAGAAGAUCUAUGAUCCUAAACAAGAGGAGGAUGACAUGAUUGAGAUGGAAGAGGAGAGGCUGAGGAUGAGGGAACACGUCAUGAAUGAGGUGGACACCAAUAAGGACAGACUAGUGUCCCGGGAUGAGUUCAUGGCCGCCACUAAGAAGAAGGAGUUCCUGGACACAGACCCCUGGGAGACCCUGGAGCAGAAUCAGCUCUAUACAGAUGAGGAUAUGAGGGAGUUCGAGGAGCAUCUGGCUCGGGAGGAGAACACCCUCAACCAGAAGACUGUAGACCUGGAUAAACAGCGGGCAGAACUGGAGCGGCAACAGGAGGAACUCAACGCACAGAAGUUUGAGUUACAACAGGCGAUGGAACACAUGGAGAAGAUGAAACAGCUGAAGACAGAGUCUCCAGCAGAGGUCAAAGGUAGUGUAGUUCCAGUUUCUCCUGGCCAGGGAGCCAUGCCGGCUCUCCCAGCAGACAGCAAACCCAUCGCACCUGGGCACCAGCAAGACUUGCCAGUACACUCUUAGCAUACCCUGCUCUAUGUAUGUGUCUGUGUGUGCAUGUGUGCAUGUGUGUAUGUUUGUCUUUCUCUUUGUGGUUACUGUUAUUCUUUGUGCUUUGUUUGUGUCAGUGGAUCAGAAUAGGGCCCACAAUAGACUGAAAGACAAGCAUCUGGGUCCACGGUUCACAGUUCACAACUUUCCCAUGUCCAAGCCUUUCAAUGCCUUCAUAACAAUAUAUAGAUAAUUUAACAAUAUCUCAUAUGAUAACUCUUGUCAAAAGUGUAGUCAGUGGUUUCAGAGACUGUCAGGAAAGAUGUAGAUUUUAUAAGGCAAGAUAUGUUGUUAUGCACAGUACAUAAACAAGAUGUUUACAAUGUUUACAGCACAAAGUGAACGAAUGUCUUACGGAGUUUAGUCAAACUAGCCCAAGAGGCACUUGAGGUAUAUAGGAACACUGAGAGAAAUGAGAGAUUAUAUUUACUGUCCAUCCAACAAAAUCCUUUGUAUUUUUUACAAAGUUAUAAGAAUAUAUAUAGAAAACUUUGUGCAAAUGUAUACAGUCCAUGAAUGUAGAAAAUAAUGAAUCAGAACUAAUUUAAGUGCUAUCACUGAAUUGUGUGUGUUGUUGUGUGUGUGUGUGUGUGUGUGUGUGUGUGUGUGUGUGUGUGUGUGUGUG